GGGAUCCAUCAACCCAUUCAGAAAGUGGGAAGGCCCUUGAAUUUCAGGCCGUGGAGGAAUAUAAAAGAUGGCUAGUGUUGGAAUGAUCAUCACACUUCUUUCUCAGCUGUCCUCAGAAGAGCAACAGAAUCCCAACACUUGUCAAAAAUGAAAUUGUCGAUCGUCGCUCUCGCUUUCUUGGCCGUGGCUUGUGCUGCACCUCAAGGAGACAAGAAACCCAUUGAAAUUAUUUCAUCUAACAGCGAAAUGAACGCCGAUGGCAGUUAUUCUUUUGCAUUCGAGAGUGAGGAUGGUACUAAGGUGUCGGAGAGCGGUAGCCAAAAGCAAGUCGGACCUAAACCCGAAGACAUUGGAACCGUCUCCAAAGGAUCUUACUCUUUCACUACCCCAGAUGGUGUUGUCCUCACCGUCAACUGGGUCGCUGAUGAGAAUGGAUUCCAGGCCACCGGUGAUCAUUUGCCCACUCCUCCCCCCAUGCCCGAACACGUCGUGAAGAUGCUGGCCGAUUUGAAGGCAGCUGGCCUUCUGUAAACUAUUGGCAUUUUAUCUACAAACAUGUGAUCAAAACAAAUUGCUCCGCUCACUUUGUACAAUUUCAAAUGUCCCCCUCCUUUUAUUACAAAAUACAGAAAAAUUUACUUGCGUAAAAA